UUCUAGUUUCACAGGCGAAGUUAUUCUUGUAGAUCGGGUUAAUUUUAGCCGCCGUUCGUUCUCUUUGUAGUUUUAGAUUGACCACUUUUUAUAUGUAAUAUCUUCUGUGUCUCUCACUGCUUCUCGUCGUUAGCCUCAACGUUGAAGAAAUCUGUCAGAACUUUCCUGGAAUCCGUUUUAAUUCAGAAAAGUUGGCCUUUUUGGGGGGGCGGUAAAAGGGGAAUUUUAAUUCGGUUUGAGGCGUGGGUGGUUAGCCACGGGAUUUUUCUCUUUUGGUGGCUGGAGGAGGAGGAGGAGGAGGAGGGGUUGCCAAGCUAGCGAGCGACGUUACGCAGACCGGCUAAACUAGUUCUGGUAGCGAGGAAACUCGGUAAAGUUCUUUGAAACUCCGUCCGUGGCUCGGAAGGGUUGUGUCAGACCGACAUGGGGCAACGAGGUAGUUGAGGUUUGACGUGGAGAGAAAGAAAAAGGCGUGAUAGCCGCCAGUAGUAGCUGGAGAACCGUGCUAGCCUGUGUCUCGGAGUUAGCGAGCCUCAGUGUUUGGGGAGUAAAACAAAACGUCUUUUUGAUCCUCUUUUUCUCUCAAAUCUGCCCCGUAACGAGAGAAAAAUGAUCAUUCUCACGUCCCCGUAUCCGUCAAACGUUGGCUGCUGACCCGGUUCGUUGGUUCCUGUCGGUAAAGUAGCGGAAAUUCCUCUUUGUUGAGGCGGAAUGACCAGAAGUGUGAAGCUCGACAAGCUGCUGCUGCUGUGAGAGGAAGCGACAGGAGAGAAGCAGGGACCGAAGAAACGGAGGAAAUCCCCCGAAAGGAAAUGCCAAUCGCAGCCGCCGGUCAGCCGACGACCCAGGAGCCCAGAGUUUGCCCCCUGCUGCUGCCCUCCGCCCCGGAGCCGGUCCCCAAAGGCACCGAUCUGUUCGACGACGCGGGGGCGCCGCAGCGCACAGAGUACGGGGGCUCGGAGGGGGGCAGAGGACUCGGGGGCUACAGUUUCAGCCAGAGCCUGGCGGGGGGCUUCCUCCAGCCCCGACCGACUAGCAGCGGCUCCCCGCCGCAGUCCCCGGCCGCGUCCUCCUCGCUGCUCUUCCACCCGCUCCACCAUCAGAUGGCCAUGCAGGCGCCGCGGACCCGCUCACGCUCCCGGUCUGGAUAUUACCAGCAGUACGGUGUCGGGAAUAGCAACGCGACGCCGGGAUCCAACCAGCAGCCACAGCAGCAGCUCGGAGCUCACGGCACACCGGCGGACAGCCAGCCGCGGACGCCGGGAACCAACGUCUCUCCCGGCGUCCAGAGGCUCUCCGCGGUCCCCGGAGCGCAUCGCAUCCAGGCGGCAGGAGCCUCUGUUGGGUCGUACCACUGCCACCCAGACCGCGCAUAUGGAGAGGAGCGAGACAAGAGUGAGGAAAGUCCAAGUCCAAAGCGCCAGAGGAUGUCCAGCCAUUCUGUCCUGGAACAGCUCACUUCAUCCGCACCCCCUCCGUCCACGCCCUCUCCCCCCAUUCGCCCGUGGGAGUCGGGACCGCCAAGUCGGAGACAGCCUCACCACCACCCGCUCUACCAUCAGGAGAGGUGCCUCACUCCUGUGCGGCUCAGACGCAGCCCCCCAGCAAGGCGGCAGCGUGGCCGACUCUCCAGACCCUCCCGCCCCCCGCCUCCUCAUCACCAUUCUCCCAUCCAAGGCGCCACGCCUCGGCCGUCGCCAGCAGAGCUCCAGGACGAGAACUACAACCGCAACCCGCCGUCAUCCGCCCACCAGACGUACCCAACGCACACGCCUCCCGCCUACGCCCAGCCUCCCGCCCCCGGUGGUGGAGCGGCGGCGGCAGAGGAGCCUCGAGCUUUCCACCCCCCCACCGUUUCACCCCGACUUCUGCACCCAGCGGCUCACCACCACCCUCACCAUCUACAGCAACAGCCUCAUGGAGCGCAGCAGCAGCAGGGCGCCAUGGUCAUGGACCUUCAUGAACGGCUGCAGCAGGGCAACAUGCCGGUCUCCUACACGGUGACCCCGGUUCCUCCUCACGGCCUCACGGCACCUCUGUGCAGCAGCCAGCAUCUCCCUCCUUCCUGCUCCUCCCAACAGCAGGUCCCCCCCUGCAGUGUGGUGUUCAGCACAGGACAACACUAUCACCCGAUGUUACAGGCGUGCUCGAUGCAGCAUUUGCCCGUUCCCUAUGCGUUUCCCCAGCUGCUGUCCAGUGACCCUCAGUUCCUGAUCUCCUCGGCGCCUCAUCUCAGCCACCAUCCGCCUCACCUCCCAACGGCCGCACAGUUCCUGCCCUUCCAGCCACAACAGCCGCGUUCGCCCUUACAGCGGAUCGAAAACGAGGUGGAUAUAGUGGGAGAGCAGCUGUCCGUCACUGGGAACUUCAGCUAUGCCCACCACCACCACCACCAGCCUCCCUCCAGCCUGCCGCCGUCUGCGCAUCUGCAGUUCCUCUCGCACCACGACCCGCUGCCGCAGGAGCUGUUCACCAUGCCUUAUCCACACUUCAUGCCUCGUCGAUUCGCCAGCAGACGUUACCGCUACCAGCAAGCUGUGCCCCCGUCUCCCUACCACCCCAGCUUUCUGCCUUACUUCCUCUCCAUGCUUCCUGUUCCCCCGAAUGUGACUCCCACCAUCAGCCUGGAGCUGGACGUAGACGACGGGGAGGUGGAGAACUACGAGGCGCUGCUGAACCUCGCGGAACGUCUCGGGGAGGCGAAGCCUCGCGGUCUGACCAAGGCGGACAUCGAGCAGCUCCCGUCGUACCGCUUCAACCCCAACAACCGUCAGUCUGAGCAAACACUGUGUGUCGUGUGUAUGUGCGACUUUGAAUCCCGCCAGCUGCUCCGCGUGUUGCCCUGUAAUCACGAGUUCCAUGCCAAGUGUGUGGACAAGUGGCUGAAGGCGAACCGGACCUGUCCCAUCUGUCGAGCCGACGCCUCCGAGGUCCAGCGGGACUCCGAGUGACCGCCUCUCCGCCCCCCGUGGCUCUUCGUCUCACGCGGUUCCUCCGCGGACUCUUCCUCCCGUUUUUCCGCUGGACUUGGUCGGCGCUGAUGACGAUGAGAAGCCGUCUCUGGUCCUGGCGUGUUGGAGUGGUCCUGGCGGCCCCUCCCAGCACAUGUGACCUAAAGACUCUUGUUGUACUCAUUCCAAAGAUGGUAACUAAACACCCAUUCGGGGAAAUCCGUGUCGUUCCCACUGUUCCACUGUUCAGAGAGGAGUUGAAGAGGAAGACGUUGGUUCUUCAGCUUCAAAGCAACACUUUCCUCCGUGUGAGGAAGAGGAAGUGGACCUGUUGUUGUUGUUUUUUCCUGGAAAGCAGGCGUGUGUGAGUGUGUGCGUUUGUGGGAGUGUGACUGUUAACAUGUGAAAGAGUGCGUUUACUGUACAUCUACGAUUACAUUUUCUAUAUGGACAGCGUGGAACUUCUGUUCAAGUCGUUGAGAGAAGUUUAGGACCGGCAACACUUUUUGUUAGUUUAUCUGCAGGUUCUUUGGGUUUUUCACUCCGUCUGGCUCUAACGUUGGUACAUGGUUUGUGUUUUUAACGCGGCUGCGGGCUGCAGGGUCCCGUCUCCCGCUCAGAAAAUGUGCGUUUUUAUGGGUGGAAGGGGCUGGCAGGGGCAGGGAUGCAGUACAGAGUCCCACAAACAAAGCUCCGGGCCGGAAGCGCAUCAUCUCAGCAUCAGAUGCCUCUCCGCCUUUGGGCUGGACGUGUCCCCGACCGUCUGCAGGCCGCGCCCCACCACGAAGACCGCUCACCGCGUGGUGUUCAGAGUAACCGAACAGGUACCCGGUGUGCCGCCAGGCGGUCGUUUCCAUUCAGGAUCCCGGUCUGUCACUGCAACCCGGCCCAGUCUGCCCACGGCGCCGCUUCAGGGGCUAUCACCCGUCUGCGAUGCUCUUCAUCCUCACAGACGUCCAACAGUCCAGGACAUCGACGAGGACGCGGUGCACGUGCAAAUGAAUCAGGUCGGCGGCGCAGAACGGAGGCCCCAGUGGCAGCGGUCGACCUCCUGACCCUCCAUUCCUUCCAGUUCCUCCUGUUACUUCUCCCGGUUCCUCUUAGCAGCUCUGUGUUUCUCUCACCACUAAAAGGGAUCAACCUGUGAGGUCUCAGCUAGUAGAUUAGCCACUUCAGCACUUUAAAGCGUAGAUGGAAGACGUACCCUUGUCCACUCUGAACAAACAUUUCAAGGAUCUACGGAAACCUUUUUAGGUCAAGUUGUUCAUAUGUUCAUCUCACGCUUCUGUCUGCUUGUUGAUGAAGAUCAAUCUGUGAAAUGCUUGGAUUGUAGAGCCUCGUCAUAAAGCCACUUCAGACGCAUCACUUCCUCCUUAAUUUAAAAGCAUUAUGUGUGUGAAAUCCCGUAGGAAUCAUGGGAAUGGGGGGGAAACGGCGUUUCCUGUCCUCUAGAGGUCGCCGUCGAGGCAUUUACGUUGUGUUAUAGGAGAGUUUCUGUUAUUUCCUUGUUUGGUACACUAGAAAUCACCUCAAGCUCACUAUUUAUGUCUUUUCAGAAAAUGGCACAAGUAGUUUUCUUUCUGGCCUUUUGCUGGUCAUGCAGAGUCGGUUGAAUAUUAUUCCCACAAACUUUAUGAAACUGUUUCCUUACUACGGUGUCAUAGUAGUCUCAUUAUGUAUUAUAUCUGUAACCAAAAUCAUUUGAAGGCUUGCUAUGAUGAUGAUGACAUUUUUAACAAACAUUUGUACAUUUUGUAUGAGAGUUACUUCUAGUAAGACUUUAUUAAGUAGUGCAAUGAUUUUUUAAUCCCUUACUCCACCUUUUGGACUCAAAAGCUGGUUCAAUAAUAAAUGUAUAACACCCUC